CGUGCGGGCGCGGGGGGGCGGGGGCGAGGCGGCGCGCCGCGAGAGGAGGCGGCGGCGGCGAGAGGAGGCGGAGGAGCAGCAGGCGCCGCCAUGGCCGCCGCGCUCACCGACAUGGCCGACUUGGAGGAGCUCUCCCGCCUCAGCCCGCUGUCCCCCGGCAGCCCCGGGCCCGCGGCGCGCGGCCGGGCCGAGCCGCCGGAGGAAGAGGAGGAGGAGGAGGACGAUGAGGCGGAGGCAGAGGCGGUGGCCGCGCUGCUGUUGAACGGCGGAGCGGGCGGCGGCGCGGGGGGCGGCGAGGCGGAGACCAUGUCGGAGCCGAGCCCCGAGAGCGCCAGCCAGGCGGGCGGGGACGAGGACGAGGACGACGAGGACGACGAGGACGAGGGCAGUAGCAGCGGCGGCGCUGAGGAGGAGAGCAGCGCCGAGAGCCUGGUGGGCAGCAGCAGCGGCGGCUGCAGCGGCGACGAGACGCGCUCGCUGAGCCCGGGCGCGGCGAGCAGCAGCAGCGGCGAUGGGGACGGGAAGGAGGGCCUGGAGGAGCCCAAGGGACCGCGGGGCGGCCCGGGCGGCCCCGGCAACGGCGGCGGUAGUAGCAGCAGUAGCGUUGUGUCGAGCGGCGGCGACGAGGGUUACGGCACCGGGGGAGGCGGGAGCAGCGCGACCUCCGGGGGCCGGCGGGGCAGCCUGGAGAUGUCGUCGGACGGGGAGCCGCUGAGCCGCAUGGACUCGGAGGACAGCAUCAGCAGCACUCUAAUGGACAUAGACAGCACAAUCUCCAGUGGACGCUCAACUCCAGCCAUGAUGAAUGGACAGGGGAGCACUGCUGCUUCCAGCAAGCACAUUGCCUACAACUGCUGUUGGGACCAGUGCCAGGCCUGCUUCAACUCCAGCCCAGACCUGGCAGACCACAUUCGCUCCAUACAUGUAGAUGGUCAGCGUGGAGGGGUGUUCGUUUGCUUGUGGAAAGGCUGUAAGGUGUAUAACACCCCAUCAACCAGUCAGAGCUGGCUUCAGCGGCACAUGCUGACACACAGUGGAGACAAACCUUUCAAGUGUGUAGUUGGUGGCUGCAAUGCCAGCUUUGCUUCUCAGGGAGGGCUAGCUCGCCAUGUACCCACACACUUCAGUCAGCAGAACUCCUCAAAAGUUUCUAGCCAGCCAAAGGCCAAAGAAGAAUCUCCUUCUAAAGCUGGAAUGAACAAGAGGAGGAAACUGAAGAACAAGAGACGGCGCUCGUUACCGCGACCACAUGAUUUCUUCGAUGCACAAACACUGGAUGCCAUAAGACAUCGAGCCAUAUGCUUUAACCUCUCGGCUCAUAUAGAAAGUUUAGGGAAGGGACACAGUGUUGUUUUUCAUAGUACUGUAAUAGCUAAGAGAAAGGAGGAAUCUGGGAAGAUAAAGCUUUUGCUUCAUUGGAUGCCCGAAGACAUUCUGCCAGAUGUAUGGGUGAAUGAAAGUGAACGACAUCAGUUAAGAACUAAAGUAGUUCAUUUAUCAAAACUACCCAAAGACACUGCCUUGCUGCUGGACCCAAACAUCUACAGAACAAUGCCACAGAAGAGGUUGAAGAGAACUCUGAUAAGAAAAAUGUUCAAUUUGUAUUUAAGCAAACAGUGAACGACGUUUGCAAUCAACUAAAAAUUCGUCUAUCGAGUUAGGUCUGAGAAUUGCUAUAAAGAGUGUGGCCGUAUGUCUGAUGGCUCCCUUUUCAGGACUAGGGUCUCACGGGGCACAGUGUGUUAAUAUUUACCUAAAUAACUCUUGUCAAUGGUUUUUGAAAAAAACCUCGGUUUCAAAAAUAUUUGAAUGAUCUCCAUAUUUUCAUUUAACCUCUGACUCUUUAAAUUUUUUUCCUGAGGAAAGUGUUUUGAGUUUUUUAACGUUAAAAAAAUUGUAUUUUUUUUAAAAUAUCUUCAAACUGAAUCUUUUAUGCACCAAAGUUGGUUUUGAAAAGGAAAAUAAAAUCACUUUCUUGCUUGGCAGGCAAGAAGCCAUAUGGAAUUUUUUUAACUUUUACAGAAAUGUGUAACUUGUCAGUACUGUAUCAAACAAAUGUUGCAUAGAGAUAAUAGAGCGUUGCUUGUAAAUAAUUCAGCAGAUUUGUAAUAUAUUUUUCUAUUAUGAAAUGUACUGUAGAUGUUUUCUAGAGGCAUGAAAGUCAAUGUAUAUAUUAUGGUAGAAAUAAUAUUGAAGGAAAUUGUAACUCACUAGUGCUGCCAGAGGGAUUGCUAACAAAGCACCUUUAACGAGAGAAGUCUGUGCAGACUAAGGGACUGUGUACUACUGUUAAUGUCUAAGAACAGAGCAUUGGGCAUCCUCCCAGAAAGUCCAGGGAGGACCUGACCUGUAAUGGUUUACGGCACCCCCUCUGACAGAGGCUGAGGCAGUCGUUCCUCACUGUUGGAGCAGCACUGUAGCAUGUGCUGUGCAGUCAGACUGCAGAAAGCGCUCCUCACUUGGAGUUCUCGCUUCCUACAGUGUCAGGAAUACCAGCAGUUUUUACUCUAAGUUUUUAAAGAAUAGACAAUAUAAAAUUAAUCCUUUGGUUCCAAAAUGGGAAACGUUCCAUGAUGCAUAGAUCAUUUCUCAUUUGCUUAAAAAAUGAAAGACCACCCACAGGGUCUUAAAAGAAUGGGAGGCUGUAAUGGUGGGGGUUGAAGAGGUAGACAAGGAGCAGUCCCAGAGCCUGAGGGAGCCUGAGGGACGAGGGACAGCACUGCAGAUGAGGCGCUCUGGGACAGCUGUCUAAGAUGCUAAGAUGUAGAAAAUGGGGGUCUGUUUUCAGAGGAAAAGCAGUGUGCUUUACUAUUUCCUUUUGCUUAAGCACUUCAUCAUUUGUUUUAUUCUGUAUCUGCGAAGGACUCUGCAAUCUCCUUUGUUCUUUUAAAAUUUUGGUUUGUUAAAAUAUUGCCAAAUAGAGUGUUUGAGACAUAGUUUGUACCUGCAUUUUUAUUUUACUGUCUCAUGUUCUUGUACGUCAUUCCUAAUUGACCGAUGAUUGUAGACUUUGCUUGAGUAUUUUUUCUAAUAAAACAAAGCAAAUUACACUUAGCUUCAAAUUGUAACAAUUCAAUUUAACUUUAAGGUGACAUCUGGAAAUAUACAUUCAACAUUUUCUUUAGAUGCAUAGAGAACAAAUAAGUUACUAUUAUGAAUGUAUAGAAUUUUUGCUGUCAAAACCAUAAUGCUAGUUACUGACUAGCCUCUGAGUACGCAGGUAUUCACGGUCCCUUUGCUUCUGAUUGACUGGGCUUGACACUUGUUAGCACACCAAAAGGAGUGUGAGUAAGCUAGUUUUAUAACUUGUAUGUAUCCAUAUCCACAGGCACAUUCAAAGUGAUUGGAAAGUCAGGUGUGAAAUUGUAGUAGGUACCAUCUAUUAAUGUUUCUUCUCACCCAGCUCUGAUCUCCUGUGCCUGUCUCUCCAGGACAUUAAUGGUGGACCUGGUUUCUUGUUUUUCCCCCAAACAUGUCUGGUCCAGCACUGGACAGUGUGCAGCCCACAGGCACAGCUCUCAUUUUUUUUACCUGUCACCUUGUCUUUUCCCUGCAGUGGCCUCUUGAAGUAGUGAGACUUUAGGGGCCUGCGGCGUUCAGUGUCUGCUCUACGUGCACAUGCGUAUUUAUUUCUCUGUCUCUCGUGUAGCUGGUAUAAGUGUUGGAGCAGUAAACAGAGCACAUUGUUUGCCCUUAGUAUGGCAGUGAGCACGAGGCCAGUGUCCAAGGAGACUGACUGUCUCACACUCUGCGGGCAGCACCAGAGGCACGGAGCACGGCACACGGCGUUUAGGUGGAGCGCUCACGCUGGGUUUCUUAGUAUUGUUGAGUAUCUACCAUUUUACCACGCGUGCUUUGUCUUACAGGGACUGAAUGAGAAUCUGUAAAUCAGAUUCUGCAUUUCAACCACAAGUAACAUUUGUUCUAAGAGAUUCUUGAAGUAGUAAAUAUUGUAAAAAUUUAAAAUUCUUUAUUUUUCUAGUAAACCUUUUCGUACAUUAAUGUGGCUGCACAUUAAUUCUGAAUUUCAGAUGAAAAGAAAAUAAAGUGGACAAUACUUAACCCUCAAGUAUUUCCCCGUGUGUCUAAGUCAUUGACCAUAGAAAGCUGGGUGCGCUGACUAAAGCCGUGCGUUUGGGAGGACGAAACAAGAGGAUUGCCGAGAGUUGAAGCCCCGAGUAGCAUCCUGAGGCACACAAACCAAAAGAAGAAAUAAAUACUGAUAAUUAGGAUGUUUCUAAUGUCACACGUUAGUAAAGCAGGGACCAUGGAGGGGCUCAGCAGCUGAGUUCCUGGGACCCAAAGGUCUGAGGAGAGACCUGACCGGAGAUUUGUCUUCCCCACAAGUAAAUAUGCAAAUGAUCUUCACAAGGUAGAAUUCGCCAUAGUUAAAAACACGUGAGUUCUGUUGUUUGCGUUGAACUGUUUUCUUGAUGCAUGGUUGACUGAAUAUCAACGUGGGCAAAUGUACGUGAAGCUGAGGCCAUGGUAUAUCUGGUCACAGCUUUAAUUUUUUAUAGUUUUUGUAACACCCUUGUAUAAAGCCUAAAGGUAAACCAAAUUUUGGCCUAUGUGGGUUUCUAAUACAAAGUCUGACAUGUUGGUGUGUCUAACGAGGCCUCAGGUUACAGAGAUACAGAAACAAAUGUAGUUUAUUUAGAAAGAAAGAUUCAAACCAUAUAUUAUUUGGACGUCUUUUUUUAAAAAGCAGAGUGGCACUUUGAGGUUUUAAUUUAAGAUAUUUUUCUAUUCUAUUUCAUAAAAGGUUUAAAAUUUUGUGUAUAAAUAUUUUUUUUAAUUGUUCAAGAAUCUUAUGACCUGGUGUAGGGCAGUUUUGCAAUUUUAACACUAUAGCUUUAAUAUAAAUAACAUUUGUAGAGGUUUUCUUUGAAAUAAAGGUGAGACUAUUUUGUCAUUUUUAUUAUUUCCUUUAGAGCCUGAAUAGCCUUAAAAUAAUAGGCAUAAAAUGUUGUGUUCUGAUUUUUAUAUUGUUAAAAUUUAGAAAUAACGUACUUACCUGAUUUCUUUCCCAAGUUAAGUUUGUACAGUGUCACAUAUAACUCUCUCUGCAAAAAGGGUGGAAGCAGGUUACAGCAGGUUUUGUGUAGGUCAGUAUUAUUUCAACUCUACCAAAUUGCCUCUCAGCGUGAGCAAGAUGGUGAUAGAUGUGUUUAACCUCACUAUCUGUUCUCACUGUCUCACAGUCUGCCAGGAUCACACUCCACACAGAAUAAUGGAUGGAUGAAGUGUUUGUAAUGAGUGCUUGUUCACCAGGUGCUGUGGGGAACUGCAGGGCAGAGGAGGACACUGUAGGGUUGAGAUACACAAGCUACACCUGCCCUUCAUACAGACGGAGUGAAGGGACCUGUGCUUGGAUGGAUAUCUAAACAUCCCCAUGCACAGGAUUCGAUGUUACGUUCAUUCCAUAAUUCAGUUGCAAUGUAAUUAUUUUGAUUUAUUUAAUCUCAUUAAAAAUCACUUGCUUUUGGUAGAACCCUCUAAGAAUAGUAAGACCAAUAAAAUUGCUGUGAAUGGCAUUUUCAGUAAUCUGUCCUGAGGACCUGCCUGGUCUGUGGUUUCUCCAGAAGGCUGUAGCCUUGCUGUCCUGUUAUGUUCCUCAUGGUUUACAUUCUUUGGCUGAAGAAAACAUGUUUUUAAAUUUUAUGAUUUUAUAAUGAUCUCUGUUUCUUGUAAAGAAAAAUUUCACAAAUUUA